AAUAUUUCGAAACCAUCUUUAAAUGAAUAAACAUAAUUGAUUGUUCAUUUGUUAAGUAUAGGGUAGAUUUAUUCCUAUUUUUAAAAUACUCCGCGUGUAUGUUUCGCUGAAUCAGCACCCUCUGUCUGUGAAACGGCACUGUGCACCUCAAAACGGGUUUUGAUAUCAGUAGAGGCUCUUUGGUUGUAAAUUCCAUCCAUUUAGUAUUUUGUUUUUAUAUAGAUCGAUGUUUAUAAUUUUUGUUUCGUCCUUGGGACCAUGCAUUAUUUUCUGUUCCGACCUACAGCAUUAAAGCGAAAGUGAUUCGUCAUUGAUCCAGACGUAAUAAUUUCCAGUAAUGGCUGAUGCAGAUCACGAAACGAAAAAGUCAUCUCGAAGAAGGAAACGUGGGUCAGGAAAGUACCGGAAGUUGGUGAAUGAGAUCAGCAGAUUAGUCCAAAAUGAGAUCCAAAAGUGUGGGAAACAAUGCAAAGGUGAGGAAUUAACGAAAAAUGAAUGUACUCCAAUCUUCAACCAGUCGGAGAAUCAAGAAACUGAAUUAAAAUGCCGGAUACGCCGGAGACGCCGGAGACGUCGGAGAGCAAAGAAGAUAGAGAUGGAAGAGUCGGCAACGAAGACUAAAACUUCACGCGACAGCAGCAAUGAUCAAUCACCCUGCAAUUCCAAUCCAAGCAAAUGCGUUACUGAUAUAUCGAUAUCAAAAGACAUCAAACGCAUCCUUAUCGAUAUUUCAAAGAUGGCAAUCACCAGGCUGGACCCGCGUGAUUCUCCACAGUCACUGCGAGGGAUCAACACUUGUUCAGAACUCAGUCCUCAGAACUUCGCAUUUCCCAAGUCAAUCAAGCGAGAGAGGAUGAGGGAGAUACUAACCGAAAAGUCCCAGGCCUCACAAAGGUACACAACAGGAGUCUUGAAAGUCAACAAUAAGAAUCCAAAAUAUUCUUACGUGUCCAGUGCAAACAAUGAUGAGGAUAUCCUAAUCCAUGGCUACUGCGACAGGAAUCGUGCAAUGGAGAAGGACGUUGUAGUGAUUCAGAUCCAUCCCGAGGACAAGUGGAUACACACAGCUGAUGGCACAGUCCAGAAAACUGCCUUUAUCGUAUCCAUUCUCGAGAAAGUCCACCCCAGGACGGCAAUUGGUAUUCUAGUUUAUCAGAAAGAAGUCCUGAAGUUUCAUCCAAGAGAUCCCAAGUUCCCAGUCAUGACGAUCGAUCCACAAACACUCCCAGAUAAAUUCAAGGAAAUGAGUAAUAUAAAGAAAACACUAUUCAUUGCGAAAAUGCUCAACUGGUCGACGCCGUCUCAGUGUUCAGGAAAAAUUUUGGAAAAAAUCGGGGACGCUGGAGAUCUGGAGGCAGAGACUCAGGCAAUACUCCUUGAGAAUGGCUUAGACGUAACUCCGUACGAUGAGGCACUGUACAAGGACUUUCCAGGCCCGGAUUAUGUUUUUCAAGAGACUGAUCUACAUGGAAGGGAGGAUUGGAGGGCGAAUUGCGUAUUCACGAUUGAUCCAGCUACUGCUGUCGAUCUAGAUGAUGCUGUGUCAUGUAGAAAACUUGACAAUGGAAAUUUCCAAGUUGGUGUUCAUAUUGCUGAUGUUACCUAUUUUCUGGAAGCUUCUUCGCCACUUGAUAAAAUGGUGUCAAAACGAGCCACCACAAUCUACCUUGCCAAUACUGCCUACCACAUGCUGCCAAAACCCCUUUGUCAACUGUGUUCUCUUCUACCUGGAAAAAACCGCCUAACAUUCUCGGUAAUCUGGGAGUUGACACCCACUGGUGACGUAGUGAAUCAUCGUUUUACACGCAGUAUCAUCAACUCCUGCUUUCAAAUGUCGUACCAGCAGGCCCAAAGGAUGAUAGACAAGCCAGACCUAGACUGGUCAGAAGUCGAUCUUCCUAACAUACAAAAUGGUUUCACGGCAUCUGACAUCUCCCAAGCAGUCAACGACUUGUUCUCCAUCGCAAACUCACUGAGAUCAGGACGAUUCGAGGGUGGAGCGUUAAAGAUUGACCAACCAAAAGUCCAGAUUAUUUUAGACGAGGCAACGAGGCUACCAAUAUCUUACUGCCUCGAGGAACGACUCGAAAGUAAUAAUCUCAUAGAAGAAUUUAUGCUCCUUGCCAACAUGACAGUGGCCAAUCACCUCCACAAGAAAUUCCCAAAAACUGCCCUCCUUCGUCAUCAUAAUCCCCCUAAAUUGCACACUCUAUCCAAGACUUUGCACCCUCUAAAAAAUUUAGGGGUUCACCUGGAUACAGCGUCCGCUGGAACACUCCAUACGAGUAUAUCAAAGUGCGAACAGGCAAUUGAGAAAGGACAGGCAUAUACUGAAGAGGAGUUUGUUGCCAAUUGUAGGAUGAUGGUGAUAAACUCGCUGUGUGCUCAAUCAAUGGUAAGAGCUAAUUAUAUUUGUUCUGGAACUGUGAAGACAAAAUCUCGCCUGAGGCAUUACGCCUUGAAUGUUCCUCUCUACACGCAUUUCACGUCUCCAAUCAGGAGAUACGCUGAUUGCAUUGUCCACAGAUUGCUAGCCUUUGAUCUCGAAAACACUCCAUUGCCGAAAGACUGGAGCUCUGAAUUAUGCGCUAAUCUAGCGAAGAAUUGUAACAAAAUGAAGGACAGUGCCAAAUCUGCUCAAGAGAAGAGUAAUGAAAUUUAUUUCAUUAAGUUAAUCGCUCACACUGGAGCGACUGGACAGCUCGCCAUUGUUAUGACUGUUAGACAGCACAAUCUUGAUAUUAUUCUGUGCCAUGUAGGGCUGACACUUAAAGUUGAGCUGUCUGAGACUCAAAAUUAUGCAACUGUUGAGUAUACUAAUGAUGAUUCUGUUGGCACUGUUAAAAUUCUCUGGAAGGAGCCAGAAGUGACACAAGUCAUCAAUGUAUUUACCAUCCUCAAUGUUAGAGUGAGGAAGCAUCCAAAAGUUUAUGGAAUACAGGCGACUCUCAUACCUCCAGAAAUCAAUUACUGAUUUUUUUCGUUCAAUGCUUAGAUUCUGUCCAUUUUUGAGAGAUAUUUAUUUGUUGGAUUUUUCGCAAUAUUCAGGAAGGUUUCCGUUGAAAAUGUUUUGGAGCUGACAAUUGUAAUAUUCCGUAAUCAAAUUUAUUUUUUGUAUCAUUGUGCAGAGAAAGCAUCUAUGAAUUAGCAGACAAACAAAAAGAUUGUUGAUGAGAAUGAUGACCUCUAUAUUAUGUGAAUAAAUAUAUCAAUCAUGAAAAUAAAGAGAAUUUGAUUCCAUUACAUUUUUUUAUUAUUGAUAACUAAAAUAAAUUUACACGUUUUUCUUUCAUACAUGCAUCUCUGGUCUUCAAAUACAAGGGAACAUUCUUUGAAAAUUAAUGAGAGAAAGAAGUAAUAAUAAAAAUACUGGUUCCAUUUAUUUCGCUUUGAUUAUUAUAUUAUUUUGAAUUCAUUUCUUCUAUUUACACGAGGGACUAUCCAUUUCUACAUAAAUCGUGUACCUAUGGUACAAUUUCAUGCGAAAUUAUUUGUUUCUGUAUAAACGAAAGAGAAGAAAAUCAGGUCAUUUAAGGAAAAUUUUAUAUAUUUUAUUUCUACUAACUUUACUCAAAAUUUCCAUUUCUGUUUUUUUUGCCCCCUUAACUAGCAAAUAUAGAUAAAAUUCUUACCAUAAAUUUUGAGUACUUCUUUGUUGUUUACGAUAAAUAAAUUCCCAUAAAAUUAUUCUGGGAUAACCGGGCUAACUAUGAUUUACAAUUACCUCGGCUCUAGUUAACUGGUUUACACAGCUUACAUCAUUCAGGAGGAACAAGUGAGAAUAUUUGAUUUUCAAGAUCAUCCUAAGAGUGGAAGUUUUUCCCAAGUUUAUUUUUUCUAAGUAAUCAGGGAGUAGAUCGAGCAUAUGCAGUCCAAUUAUCAUACCAAUUACCUUUAUCAUAAAUUUAUUACAAAAAAUUGCAGUUGUGCGAUAAAAAUCAAAUCAAAUCCUCCCACAUACCGGCAUUUUUUCAAUCUCAAAACUUUUUUAAUUCGAAUCCAUUUUUGUAAUAUUAUGCAAAAUAAUAAGAAAGCAAAAUUGGAAAACGAAAACAGUCUUUCUGAUUUAUUCAGCAUCAUCUACAUAAAUAUAUUAGUUCUAUUAAAAAUUGAAAUGGUCAACGUAAAGUUAUGAAAUCCCCUUCGAUAUUUUCUUCUGGAUUUUCACACGUGACAAAAUAAGAAUGUACACGAAGUUAAACCUAACUCCUCUAGCUCCAUCCCUUUACAAUUUCCUUCUGACAUGUUCUCGAAGGAAAUACUCUAUAUCGAUAUUAAAAAAAAAAAGGGUUUUCUGUCAUUAUUUUAAAUUUGAUCGUUUCCCCUGGAAUCCUCGCACCAGAAAAAUUCAUACUUGACAUUCAUGUUUUUUCCUUU